CAUAGCUUUUCAUCACACACUCGGACCUGAGCUGAUCCACCACUACAGCCUGCAGUUGCAGAUCGAGAGAAGCAAAACCAUGGCGUCGUCCAAGGCGCUCCUAGUGCUUGCGCUCCUGCUCGCUGCUGCCUUCCUUGUCGCCUCAGCUAAUAACGAGCACACCCAGCCAAAGGAGGAGGAGAACAAGCAGGCCGGCGUGCAGGACUACCACGGCGGCGGCUGGCGCGGGGGAGGCUACCCUGGCCACGGCGGCGGCUACCCUGGCCGCGGCGGCGGGUACUGCCAGUGGGGGUGCUGCAACCGCGGCUACUACGGCGGCUGCCGCUGCUGCUCACGCCCCGACGAGAUCCCGGAGCCCAUGUACCGCCCGGAGUUCGUCGAGGUCCACGACUGAAUAAUGAAGAAGCUGCACGGCCUCGUUGCCAUGUACUAGUCGAUCGGUAAAAGUAUGGGUUGAACAAUAAAGGCAUGCAUAUAUAUAUGUAUGCAAUUGUGCGUGUGAAUGUAUGUCCGUGUGUGGUGGUUGGAGUCGAUAUGCAGUAGAAUGUAACUCUCAUGCAUGUAUAGUAGUGCAUGCCGCCUUCGAAUAAAAAUAAGAGAGUCGUUGUUGCUAUA